ACCAAUUACCCACCGUCUCUUCAGCCUAGCCCAUUCCUCUGUUUUCUACUUUUCUUCCCUCCAUUCAAAUCUUGACGUUCACUCUCUCUCUCCCUGGAAAUUGCUGAUUCAUUAUGUUCUUCAAUUUCGUUUCGUAAUUCGGUACCUCUACCUACAAUUCAAAUCUCUUCGCUCUCGCUGGAUCAAGGUGUCAGUCUCUUAUUAAGCAGCUGGAAUUGAAAGCUUUUGGUGAGAUGGAAUCAUGUUUUAGAUUUUCAAGAACAGAAAUACAUACCAAUUUGAGUUGGCGUUUUUAGGCGCAACCAUAUGUUAAUACUUUUGAUUUUUGGAGCCCUGUCCCAUUGAGGAGUAUCAUAUAAUGAUAUGUUCAUGUUAUGGUCAAUGGGACUUGUUCUUUUUGCUGUUUUAUAGAUGGGCAAGGCUGAAACUUAUAGUACAAUGAGAUGAACAAAUCAAUGUGGCACAUUGGUGUUAUCCUGAUGAAAAAACUCGUCCACUGUUGCAUAGGGUAUAGAGUUGAUUGGAGAAAACUGCUUUUUGUUGGGGUCAUUUUGACAAUAUUUGGCAUCAUGUUUCAAAUGUUUAUACUUCCUUAUCCACUGCACAUGUUGUUUCUGUCACCUCCUGUUAAAUUUUCAUCAUAUGAAUCUUUGAAUGGUACAAUUCCAUUGAGGGAGGCCCUAACUGAGGCAAGGGCUGAACAGUUUCAACUUGUUCAAGCUGGCCCCAUUGUUUCAGUGAAUUCUUCUAUUAAGUUGAUUGAAUCAGUGCCAGUUGAGCAGAUGAGGACGGCCACUCCUCUAAGGAGAAACUCUACAUAUAGAAGGAGAAAAAAGAUUAAACCAGAAGGCAAUCCAAAAGUUCUACCUCCUCCUUCUCCUCCUCCCCCUCCUCGUAAAACCAUUCCAUCUCACUUGCAGAGAUAUAUUUGGUCCUUGUCACCAAAUGAGGCGCUUGCGUAUGCCAAAAAAGAGAUUGAGCAUGCCCCUAUGGUUGUUGAUGAUCAUGAUCUGUUUACUCCCUUAUUUCAGAACGUCUCUGUUUUCAAAAGGAGCUAUGAAUUGAUGGAAAUGAUACUUAAAGUGUUCAUUUACCGUGAUGGAGCAAGGCCUAUUUUUCACCAACCUCAUCUCAGAGGAAUUUAUGCUUCUGAAGGAUGGUUCAUGAGGUUGAUGGAGGCAAACAGGCAGUUUGUGACAAGAGACCCUGAAAAGGCUCACUUAUUUUAUCUGCCGUACAGUGCACGCCAGCUGGAGACAGCACUCUAUGUACCUGAUUCACAUGAUAUGAAACCGCUAUCAAUCUUCCUGAGGGACUAUGUGAACAUGAUUGCAGCAAAGUAUCCCUUCUGGAAUCGCACACAUGGGUCAGAUCAUUUCCUUGUUGCUUGCCAUGACUGGGGCCCUUAUACAGUUACUGAGCACAAGGAACUAUGCAAAAACACCAUUAAAGCUCUAUGCAAUGCUGACCAAUCGGAAGGAAUCUUUGUUGGGGGCAAAGAUGUUUCCCUUCCAGAAACUACCAUAAGGACUCCUAGAAAACCUCUUAGAAAUGUAGGUGGAAAUAGAGUAUCACAACGUCCAAUCCUUGCGUUUUUUGCAGGAAACAUGCAUGGUAGGGUCCGGCCCACACUUCUUAAGUACUGGAGUGACAAGGAUGAAGACAUGAAAGUUUAUGGACCUUUACCAAUUAGAGUCUCCAGAAAGAUGUCUUAUGUUCAACACAUGAAAAGUAGUAAAUACUGUAUAUGCCCAAUGGGUCAUGAAGUGAACAGCCCUAGAAUUGUUGAGGCAAUUUAUUAUGAGUGUGUUCCAGUAAUUAUUGCAGAUAAUUUUGUCCUUCCUUUUAGUGAAGUACUAGACUGGAGUGCAUUCUCUGUGGUUGUGGCUGAGAAAGACAUUCCCAAGCUGAAGGAGAUUUUAUUAGCUAUACCGAUGAGAAGAUAUCUUAAAAUGCAAAUUAAUGUGAAGAUGGUGCAGAAGCAUUUUCUUUGGAACCCAAGACCAAUUAGAUAUGAUUUAUUUCAUAUGAUUCUGCAUUCGAUAUGGUUUAGCAGGCUGAACCAGAUUCUGAUCCCAAGUUCAUAGUAAAUUUUUUAAGUGUUCCUAUGAAUUCAUAUUGGUUUUCAUAGUAUGGUGUAGAAGUUGAAUGGAUCCAAAACUAGCAAGCGCGCUACAUCCAAGAAUGUAGGUGCUUAGCUACUGAGAUUGAGAAGGAAUUCAGAAACACCUUGUUGCCUCAGAGCUGGUUUGAUUUUCACUAAUUUUAAGUGCUUUGAAAUGCAAGCUCGAAUGCAUAUUUGAUGGGAGGAGCACAAAGCCAGAAUGGGGAUUCAUGAUGAAGGUAUGGUAUGAUUAAUAAUAAGUCAACAUAUGAAGACAUGUGAAUGUCAUUUUGCGCAAGGAUUUUGACUAUUAGUUGCAUCCACUUGCCUAAAAUUAAUGUUCA